AUGGAGUCGUGGAAGUCGAAGUCGCUGGAGCAUAUCAACAUACAGUUUAGAAGCAUAAUGGAGGACAUGGGGAUAGAUGAGGAGAAGCAGCAUAAGCUAGCAGCAAAGCUGAAUCUUUCGAAAAAGAUCAAGACAAUCACCUCUAUGCAGACGAUGGAUGAGAGGAAGAAGAAGAUCAGAGAAUAUGUUGUUAAGCUUAGCGACAGGAACAGCGUAUUGAAUCUAUUGAGUUUGUCAUGUUCUCUUGAAAGCGGGCCUGACGUGUUGUAUGAGAUAUUCACAAUAGAGGGAGGGCACGAUGUGCUUGUGAGAUGCAUGAGAAGAAUGGAUGAUGAGUUCAGUGAUGCGAUUUGUGAUACUCUGAGCAUGAUAUUGUCGAAGUAUGGAAAUCAUUUCCCACCGUUUCUAAGGCCAUUGCUUGAUAGAUUUAUCUGUGGCAAGAUUCAGGAUACAAAAGCGUUUUUCAAGAUAAUUGAAUUUUUAGUUAAUGAAGGAAAAGCGGAGGAACUGUUCUACAGCAUAGAUUUCAACAGAUGUGUAUGCAAUACGUAUUUAUCCAGGAUAAUUGAGCAUGUUAUGAGAAUCCCACGAGUUGUUGAUGAGCUGAACUUUCUCAUUACAUUGCUAAAGUCUGCCAGGUCCGUGCAUGUGAAGUACAUUCUUUUUGUUUCCGGAUUCCAUCAGUUAGAGCAAAGGGUUGUAUGCCGGGAGAUUUACGAUGUGAUUGCGAAGGAGAUUAGAUGUAGUAUGACAGGUGACUUUCGAAAGGACAGGAUUGAGGAGAUAUUGAGGAUAGCCGAGAGCCAAGGCCAUUUGGAUAUUGUGUGUUGUGUUGCAGAGGCGUUUGUAUUUGGAGAUAGAGAGAUCUUUAAGAAUGUUGAAGUAAGGAGCCGAGAGCCAGCGAAGUGUAUGAUUGAAGAGAAAGCUGAAGAGCAAUCUGUGAAUGAGAAAGAAUGUGUAACUAUGGAUACUGGAAAACCAAAACCAAAGAAGAUAAUCAAGAAGGUAGUGAAGAAUGCAAUGCCUAGCAAGAAGUACAUGCCUGUGAAAUGGAAGAAGAUAGGGAAAGGAAGUAGUCUGUGGAGUAAGAUCAACAUUAAGGAGAUUGAAGGGCUUUUUAGUGUGGAUGAUUUUGAGGCAUUUGAAGUCAAAGAGGAGAAACCCAAAACAAGCAGUGUAAGAUUGGAUAAUAAGAGACCAAGUGUAUUUUCUGAAAAGAAGAGUUAUGCAAUAAAUAUUGCUCUUGGAAGAGUCAAGGUAAGUAAUUAUGAGCUUAAGCAGACGAUUGUUGAGAUGCGAGAUGAUUUUGAUGAGAAUCUUGUGAAGCAACUUUUGUUCUACUUUCCGACGGAUGAAGAGAUUGAGCAUUUGCAGGUGACUGAAGAUCUGUUUGGACGUGGAGAAGAGUUUUUCAAGGAGUGCAUUGAUGAGAUUGAGAUGAUUAAGAGAUGCCUGUAUUAUUUAUACUUUGCAACUUCAUUUAAGGAUCAGUGCCUGAUGAAUACGUUGAGUAUUCUUAGGGAGUAUUAUGAGGUGCUAUUGAGAAGUAAUGAGCUGCGAAAGUUUCUAGGGGUUGCACUUGCAGUAGGAAACUACCUGAAUAUGGGAAGUUUUCUGGGAAAUGCAGAAGGGUUUACGAUGGACUCGAUUCCAACGAUUCUUGAAGCAAAGAAUAAUGAUGCAAGUCUGUUUAGGUUUAUUGAGAGGAGGAUUAAUGCCCGAACGCUGGUGAACGAACUAUUUAUUGUGCAUGAGGCAAGUAGGAUGAAUUUUGAAGCGUUGUGUGUAGAGAUUGAUGAGUUGAAGAAGAACUAUAUCAAUGCUAAUGGGUCAUCGUUUGCAAGGAUACAAGAGAAGAUGGAUGAGAUACAGCCAAGGUAUGACACAGUAUGCCUGAUGUAUGAAGAUGUAGUGAGACUGCACAGAGAGUGUGGAGAGUAUUUUGGAGAGUCUAUAGAUGAUGAGUUUAACAGCCGAAUGAUUCUUUUUUUGGACAGGCUUUCGCAUGACUUGCAUGAAUAA